GACUCCUUAUACGUUUUUUGCUUAUGAUGUACGAGAGAUGCGUAUUCCACAUAAACGUACUUUUCGUUGGUAUUUUGCGCGUUUCAUUGCUAUGCACAAGUCUUUUUACAUUGUGUGACUGUCAAACGCUACAAUGGCAUAAACAAGGCCCACCAAAUAAGUACGCCCCCAGUCUCCGCUCAAGACUUCCUCUCUUGGCCUUCCUGCUGGAAACCAUCUUUCUCCUACUGUUUGUCAUUUUUGUGAAAAUAGAGCAGCAUGAGCAGUUUGGCAGAGAGUCUGCCAGUAAGCUUUUCAUCAGCUCAUAUGCAGAAUUCCAAGAUGUUCAUGUGAUGAUAUUCAUGGGGUUUGGUUUCCUGGCCACGUUCCUUGUACGAUAUGGUUUCAGUGGAUCAGGGUUUAACGUGCUGUUGGCAGCCAUGGCCAUCCAGUGGGCCGUCUUGAUAAAUGGCUUCCUGCUGCCACAACAACACCACAGAAGAGAGAUCCACAUCAAUAUGAAGAGUGUUAUUGAGGCAGAGCUCUGUGCAGCAUCCGCUCUGGUUGCCAUGGGAGCGGUCCAUGGGAAGGCAAAUCCUGUCCAGCUUUUACUGAUGGCUCUGGUUGAGGUCACAGGAUUUGUGGUCACUCAGUGGAUCCUGCGAGCUCUGUUCAAUGCAGAUCCAGUGUACAGCAUCAUGCUGCUGCAUGUCUUCGGAGCUCUGUUUGGUGUGAUGGUGUCAUGGGUGCUGCACAGAGAGGGGAUCAAACCAGAACAUGAGAAAGAGAAAACUGACAGCAAGACUGGCUUAUUCGCAAUGUUUGGAACGCUAUUCCUGUGGAUGUUCUGGCCCAGUUUUAACUCGGCACUGGUGCGAGAUUACAGGUGGGACAGAGGACUAAAGCUUACUGUCAUUUAUGGGACGUAUCUGUCGCUGGCUGUCAGUGUUGUCAUGGCGAUGUCUGUCUCUAUGCUCACUAGCUCCAAAGGAAAGAUGAACAUGGUUCACGUCCAGAGCUCUGCCCUGUCUGGUGGUGUUGCCAUUGGAGUUGCAAUGACAGCUGUCCACGCGCCGUGGAUUGCCAUGACGAUUGGAUUCUGUGCUGCUCUCUUAUCAGCCUUGGGAUACCGGUACAUGAAGAAUCACAUGCUGUUUGCUUUUGAGUGUCAUGACACCUGCGGCGUCCUCAGCGUGCAUGCCAUACCGGGAAUUCUGGGAUGGUUUGCUCAUUUAUUUCUACGGCUGGCCAGUAAUGAGAGCACAAUAGCGGUGCAGUUCGCUGUCUAUCACAUCUGUGUUCUCCUCGUAACGGCGUGCAUGAGUCUGGUGAUGGGCACAGCUACAGGACUUUUUCUUAAAUGGAGUAUCUGGAGACCCCAGCAGGACAGGAAGUGCUUUGAUGACCAGGCAUUCUGGGAGUUUCCAAAUUUGGUGGUACAGAAAUGAAGAACUUGUGGACACAUUAAUAAGAGGACUCAUUAUGCAUGAAUGUAUUUGUGUGUGUGUGUGUGUGCUUGAGAGGUUAGACAUUGCUUAAGUAAACAAUUUACAAGAUAAAAUGUCCUUGAAUGGAAAGCAUUGUGCUUUCUUAGAGACAAAUCAUACAAAACAUCACCAAAGAAAUUUCCAAGCCCCUGGAAAUCAAGGCUGGAUUAAAUUACUUUUGUGGAAGCAAGAAAAACAGAGAAGAGUUUGUUCAGCCUGACAAUGACAAACUGAUACACCACACCACCACCUAAUGCAAUAUAUAAAAAUAACCUUAUGGUGACUUUAAUCUACAAUCCCAUGUUAUUCAUCUGCUUUUGAAUGUAAUAAAAAAUUCUGCUUUCUAAAAGAAAAAACACUGGCUCUGUACAUAUUUACAAUAAUUUUAUUCAUUUAAACCCACAGUUGGAUGAAGUUCAGCUACUUUUUGUCAGAAAGAGAGACGUGGAUUACAUUAAAAUGUAACAUUCUUUUAGCAUGUAGAAAUCACAGAAUCUCUAAUUUGUUAGUUGACAGACGAGUCGAAUUCUCUGACUCGCAUCUCAUCUUAUUCUCCCAUAACCACUGAAAUAAUAAGAAAUUGUGCUUUUUAAAAACAUUAACAUUUUUUUAUACAACUCCCACAUGCCCAAACAUACACAGAGAGUGAACUUAAAGCUCCAAAAGCUACAAAAUAUAUACAGUUGUUCUCAAAAUUAUUCACACCCUUAGUAAAUAUGAUCAAAGAAGGCUGUGAAAAUAAAUCUGCAUUGUUUAUCCACUUGAU